AUGAGUUUCCUAUGGGGAGGUAGCUCCCUCAUUUCUCUUCCAGCUCUGGGGGGGACGAGCAGCAGCCCAAAGGAUGAGGCAGUCCCGCUGCAAGAGGCUUCGGACCGGGCAGGUGCCCCGGCCGCUCCCGCCGCAGACGCAGAAGAGCUGCACCCCGUAGGCUCAGCCGCUCAACAACAGUGGCGUGAGCUCGACGAAGUCUGGGGUGGCGCCGCGAAUGCAGACGCGGGGGACCAGCCGCGAAUCGGCAACGACGGGUGCGCGGCAGCUUGGUCCUCCACAGUGCCUUAUGCGUCAAUGUCUGACGGAGCAGGAGCAGAGUCAGGUGUACGUACACCACAGCGCUUGGCUUCGGCUUCCACCUUGUGGUCCCACGGCGUUUCGGAGGGCCUCUCAGACAGCUCGCGGAAUCCCCCUUUUCUGACACCGCCGUGUGGGUCGCAGUCGUCUCGACGUGGACUCUCGCCCGCCGGAGACACAGCCUCACGCGCGGAGCAAAAUGAACCCGUUUCCAUCCCAGAAGACAAGUGCGGUGGGGCGGGGGGCGUCCCUUCGGCAGUGACCGCAUACGGCGUGCCGAGUGAGCGUGGCGGGGCGCCCCGAAGUCGUACGGUUUCGCCGGCUCGUCGCGGGUCUUCACACCGGCCGGGCCACGCAGCCUCGCGUUCUGUCUCUCCAGGGGCGGGCGACAGAGAGUCGCUUCAAGGAUACUCCUCUCCGCGGCGGGGAAGCGGGGACGCGCGACUUGGCAGCGGCGACAGCGGGGGGCAGCUCGCCUCGAGCCUCCAUCGGCACCCGCUGGAAGAAGGCGGCCUCGCCCCCAAGAAGACCGGCCCGGAGCCGCCGCCUCCACAUGUCUACUGUGGUGGGCGAACCCUGUCCAUGUACAGGAAGACAGUCCCCAGUGAGGAGCUUCAGCGAGGGAGAGACGCGGACACGGCCCCCCACAAGCCGGCCGAGCCGCGGGAAGCGCUUUCGCGCGAGGAGAGGCCGCCGCCGCGAGGGGGGGGCGGCGGAGGAAGCAGCCGGCGGUCGUCGCCUUUGUCGGCGGGGUCUGUCCCUGCUCCGAGUGAAUCGCUUCUUCAGCAGCGGCAAAACAACCGCCGCCAGCAACAGGAGCUUCUCCAGUCUCCCCAGACCUCAACUGCGGCUGGCCUCUUCUCCAGUUUCUCCUUCUCAGCGCUUCAGCGCCCAAGCGAUGCCCCUUCCGGCGCUGCUUCCGGCGCCUCGCCUGCUGAGGAGAUGCGGGGCGUCCCCGGUCCCGCGCGGGCCCGACGGCCCCCCAGUCCCCAGGUGUCUCCGCACGAUCGCCGCGCGGCGCAGCCGAGAGCCAGUCGCGAGACGGCGGACCAGGAGGAGGCCCACGACGCAGACCCUGUCGCCCCCGCGGAGGCCCGUGCCGCGCGUCGCAAAGCGCUGCUGCAGCAACUCUUUGGAGUCAAAAAUUCCGCGAGUGGAGAGCGCGGGGAGCGAAAAUGGCAAAGCAUGGAAGAUCGAAACCUCGUCCACUUCAUGCAGAUGCACCGCCACACCUUCUUCCGACGCCUGAGGAGGGGGGUGCCUCCUUCACACAGAUGGAACGCGUGGAAGGCCGUCUGCCUGCCGCCGCCAGAGCGGCGUUGCUCAUGCUCCUAUUCCUCGCUAUCGUUCUCGGGGGACCGAGACUGUGCUGGCUCCGCGGGCGCGAGCUUCCACCCGCAGUCUCCGCCGCUGAUCUCGUGUGUCUCCUCGCCGGCGGCCGGCGGCGUGGGCUCGGCGCUGGCGAGGCGCUUUUCGGGCUCGCAGCGGCAGAACGCCGAGGGCUCCGGGGGGGGCGGGGCGCGACCGGAGACGCACCGAGAGGGCGGGCGAGAGGAAGGCUGCGACGCCUCCUCUCCGCAGGCCCAGUCGCCCAGCAGAGGAGGAGGCUGCCGCGAGGAAGCGGAGAGCGAGCACGCGAGCGAUCUGCGCGGCGGCAGGGGCGCGCUGGACUCAUGGGGCGCGGAGGUGCCUGCGGCGGAGGGGAAGGGACGGCGCCGAGCAACGCUUGGAGAGGAGCGAGACCCCAAGGGGCAGGCAGGCGAAGACUGGGGCUGCUGCGGCUCCGGGGGAGACUGCCGAAGAGUCUACGAACGCGAGGCGGAGCGCCGCUCCAGCUUCUUUGGCCUGAUCAUGAUUGACGUCCCGCGUACUUUCCCUGACGUCGAGGUCUUCGAUAAAGACGCCCAGGCGCUGCUCUGUCGGACGCUAAAUGCCUUCGCAAACAUACACCCCGAAGUCGGGUACUGCCAGGGGAUGAACUUCAUCGCGGGUCUGCUGCUGCUAGUCUCUUCGUUUGAAGAGUUUGACGCCUUCUGCGUCUUCCGAGCCCUCAUGCAGCGCUACAGACUAAAAGGCUUCUUCCAAGAGAAGUUUCCGCUGCUCAGGAAGUACAUGAAAGUCUUCGACACGCUGGCCGCUCAGCAGCUUCCCGAGCUUCGGCAGCACUUCCUGGACGAGGGCGUCUUGCCUGCGGUGUAUCUACACCAGUGGUUCUUGACGCUCUUUGUGACGUCGCUCCCGCUGCGAAGCGUCUGCGUCCUGUGGGACUUUCUUCUGGGCGAGGGUCUCCACGGGCUCCUCGAGUUGGCGGUCGCGCUGCUCAAGGUCCUCACGCGAUUCAUCAUUCACUUAAGAUUCGAGGAGGUGAUCAAGUUCCUCAAGUCGCUGAAAAGCAGCGGCGGAGGAUGCGACGACUUCAAAGUUGGCAAGAUGCUGGUGAAACAGGCGGCCAAAGUGCAGCUGCCGGAGCUUCUUCUCACGGAUCUUCUCACUGCAGACCUGGCGGUGCUGCUGCGGGAGGCGGAGGAGGAGGAAGCGGCGGAGGCGCAGGCCCGCGCCGCGGGCGCGGCUGCAGCGGCCGCGGCGGCCGCGGUGCCGGAGGGCGACUCGGAUCACAGCAAUCCGCUAGUGGGGACGCUGACGGGCGACGAAGACGACGAGGACGGCGACGAGCGCGCCCGGCCGCCGCGCCCGGACACGCGCGGCGGAAUCCACGGGGGGGCAACAGACGAUUCGCAGCGGCGGCCUCAGACCGAGCUUUCGCUUCGAGCCGACGCGAGAGAGAAACGGCGGGCCGAGCGCCCGCCGGCAAGGCGCGAGCAAGAGAGAGAGCAGAGCGGAGAGGAGGGAGAGGAGGAGGACGAGCCGGAGAUUCAGGAGCCGCACAGACAGAGCCGAAGCAAGGCGCCGUCGUCGUUCUCCUCCUGGGACGAGCUGCCCUCGCCGGGCCGACGCGGGCACGCCCGUGGGGUGUCGGGUUAUAGACGGAGCACGGAGACGGACGAAGAGGAGGAGGCUGCGGGGGAGGAGCGUGGCGGGCGGAGUCCGCGGGCAGCCGGGGGACGGCAGCACUCGAGUUCGGGGCGGCGGAGAGAGGCAGACAGUCAGCGAGAAGAGGAAAUGCAAGUUCUGCGUUCUUCAAGGAGGAAGAAGCAUUCUGGUCACGGACCGGGGACUCAGGGAGGGAAGGGGGAUGCCCCCCGCGUGUCUGGGAGCAGUGUGGAGGUGCACAGUGCCCCUCACGCGGCUCAGUGUCGCACGCCUUCCCCCGUGGGGCUGAGAGGCACUGGCAGAGAGAGGGCAGCGAGCAGAAAAGCGGAACACGCGCCAGACGCGGACGCAGGCGAGCGCGUGGUGGGGGGGCAGCCUCCGCGCCGGGAUAGCGACUCGCCGCCCGGCCUUCGCCGCGCGAGGCAGGGAGAAAAACGAAGCUCCUCUGCCGCGGCUGAGAACGGCCAAGCGCGGCAACACGAUUUUCCCGCCACCAUGUCCCCGAGACUCUCCUCUGCGGCUGGUCUGGGGCAGGCCGGGGGGGUGUCCGCCGGGGUCAGCGCGGCCGUGUCGUCUUCCUUUCUGCCUCGUCUCUUCCCGAGGUCGCCGCCUCUACAGCUAGCCGACGCAUCCGGCAGCGCCGCUGUGCUCUGCUCUCGGGCUGCGCGGGGGUUGCAUGCGAGUUCCUUGGCAGGCUCCGGUCGCGGCCUUUCCUCGGCGUUCGCCCCUCACACGUCGCCGUCUCCGCUGGACUCCGCGCUCGCGGGCGACGCCGAGAAGCGCGAGGCAGACGAGGAGGAUCUUCUCUCCUGCCGCGAUGAAGAUAAGCGCAAGAGUUUCUCUCUCGCCUCCUCAUCUCAGCUACACAGCCACCUGCGGCAGGACCUGGAUAGGCAGGCGAGAGGCCGGGGGAGGGCGAGCCGCGGGCGUGCCCCCUCUCGCGGUUCGUCGCCGGGGCAGGCUCCAGCUCGCCGCUGCGAGGCAGAAAAGGGGGAUUGCGUCGCCUCGCUCGCGUUGCCGCAGGAUGGUGCAAACGCGGGCGCGUAUGCCGAUAGGAAGACGUUUGCUGCAGCUGGCUGCGACGCCCUCUCACUGCUGGCGUCGCCGCGCACGAGGGCGGAUCGGCGAGCAGGCAGCGUGUCGCCUUCGCUACCCUCGUCGUCGUUUCCUUCUUCUCGGCUUAUUUCCUCCUCUCUUCUUCCGCCGCAGUCUGCGACGCCCUCGUGUCCGCCUUGCUCUCGGUUGCCUUCCCCCCUCUCCUCUGUGUUCAGCGGGGGGCCCUCUCUUCCUGCUGCUGCCCCGUGUCUUCCGGGGCGGGGGCGUCAGGGCCCCCACUCACCGUCCGGCCCCGAUGGCUCCCGGCGCCGCAGCUUGUCGGGCUCUGACUGCGGUGGGGAGUCCCUCCUCGCGUCACCCCCGGCGCGCGUCCUACAGAACGCGGCUGCGGCGAAGCAUGCGCGCUCGCCUCCUGCUUCGCCUUCAUGGCAGCCGCGGAGGUCGGGCGUCAGCUGCGCUCUUGUCUGCUCGGAAGAAGAAAACGUCCGUCUGGCUGCGCCGCUUCCCGCGGCUGAACCGCUAUGUGUCGGGAGGCCCGCCGCGAGACAGAGGAGACAGUGCCACGGCCCUGGUCUUGUGCAGGGCGGAAGCGAAGCCCGCGAAACGCUAGGGCAUUCGCAGGAGGCCCGGAGGAGAAUCGCAGAUGACCGCGCGCGUGGAGAGAUUUGCAGUCGAGAGGGAGCCGCCUGCGCGCUUGUGCCGUGGCGGGGACUGGAACAUGCUUCGUGCGGCGGAAGCUCGCGGAGACACUGUGAAGUGGGCCCGUGGGGCGCGGAGACACUUUCCGCGCGAGGCCUUCAGGGCGACGAUGGUUCGCGUCGACGGAGACGAGCGGAGAAGAGAAGCUGCAUGUCGCCCAGCGCACUCGUGGGAGGAAGGUGCGUUUCUCCGGCGGCUGCAGGCCUGGCGUGGCUUGCUGCGGGCGAUGCUGAGGAGUCUGUGGGGGGUUGGGAUGCUUCAGCGGGGGCAACAGAUCAGAACACAUCUGCAUGGCUUCGCGAGCCGCGUGUGGCAGCCACGGCUGCCGCGAAGCGCCUCCGGAAGACGGUCUCCGUCCGUGCGACCGUGUCUGGAGUGUCGAGUCCAGGCAACAGCGCCGCCGAGAGAGAUGCAACUGCCUUAGGGAGACGGUGGGAAGUUGUGCGAGAUACGGGACACCCCGGCGAGCAGCACGGAAAAGCGUCGAGCAUCGAAGAACUUCUGGACGGUGGGGAGAGGGAGCGAGACGAAGGAGCUGCGGACGCGUUGGACAGAAUGAUGCCGCGGCCGGGGUCGGCGCGACAGAACGAGCUCCGGAGGAGCGUGGGAAGAAGAGAUCGCGCAGAAGUGCAGCCGGAAGAAGAUCGCUUCAGCGAGAGCGAGGCCGAAGGCUUCUUCCCUUGUGAGCGUCUUACAGGAGCGGAGCGCGAAGCAGCCGUCGCCAUGCGGCUCGUCGAGGCGUCUCCUCUGGGGGCGACGGCAUGGUCCGCGUCUCUCUUUGCGUUCCCGCAAAAAGAGACAUCGCUGGAGUUGAGAGCGAAAGCCAGCUGCGUGGUGGCGCGGAGCUCUGAGCUUGCCACGGGUGGAGGGCCCUCCAGCGACAGGGCCCUGACGACCGCGAGGUCGCCUGGGGCCGAGGGGACGCCUCUGGGCUCCAGACGGGCGCCGCGCGGUCAGACGGGGGCGGAGCAGGGCGGAGCGGAGGGGCUGGCGGGAGUGUUGACCGGCUUUCUCUCAGUGGACAGGGGGCCUCUACGCAGCAUUUCUUCCUCUCCCUUCCUCUCCGCCAGGACGCGCGGCGCGGUUGCAGUGAGAGACGAGUCUUCAGCUUAG